UGCCUUUUGACUUUGAAGCCACAUAUCUCUAAGAUGUAGGUGAGGCAAAGAAGGCAUGAAACAAGAAUUAUUUGAUUUGGACAUGGCUGGAGAGGCCAGGCCUGGCCCUGGCCGGCCAGGACACAUGAGGCAGCAGGACACAGCUGGCUUCCGCAGCAGCAGCAGCAAGUAUGACUUACACUAUGAGCUGCACAGAGAGGACGUCCCCUAUAGGGUGUAUGGAUACCAGAGGGUACCCCCACUCAUCAACCAGGUGCCUGCCAAGCUCCGGAGGACUUUCUUGGGCCUGGGAGUCAGGAGUGGCUGCAGCCCCUAUAAGGCCUCUAGGAGCAGACCCCUGCCCCCGGAGCAGACAAAGCUUCAGGCGGAGGAGCUGCACUCCAUCCGGGGAGAGCUGAGCCAGAUCAAAGCCCAGGUGGACAGGCUGCUGGAAAGUCUGGAGCACAUGGACCAGCACAGGGCCCAGGCUGCAGGGAUAAAGGACAGUGACAAGAACAGGGUCCCUGGUAAGGAGGGCUGCUCAUGCAGGACUACGGAGACACAACAAGAGCUGAGGGGCUGGAGGAUCCAUCCAGUGGCUGAUGGCUCAGAGGGAAGGACAGCCACAGAGCAAGCCGUACAGAAUCAAGCAUCUGACCAGGAGGGCAGCCAGUAGCAAGUAGGAACCCUUCCAGGCUCAUCAGCUCCAGGCGUCUUCCUGGUUGGCCCCCUGCCCCGCCUUGUUUCCUUUCUGAAGGCCUCCCGAUGAUACCCGUGCAACCUGAGCACCCGUUCUGGCACCAAGACAAAGGAAGCAGAGGCAUGGUUCAGCCGCACCAGCAGGAAAGACUCCCCGCAGAGUUAGGUUUAGUUUUGAUGGUUGUUUCCAGAAUCCUGGGGCUGGCAGGGUUGGAGGGAGGCUCUGGAUGACCCAGCAGCAGCUCCCCUGCCUCACAAAGCCUGGGCAGCCGAGUGUGCAGGAGGCACCCCGAGAGCACGGAGCAACACCAGCCCUUCCUGAGUGCAGGCACUGCCUUAGCUGCUCCCCUCCCUGUCCCGCACACCACCAGUCACAGCACCUGCCCAGGUCUGUCUUCCAGUGGUGAAGCACACUCGUGAUCUUCCAUUCUAACACCGAGCUGUUUAAGACCCACAGCCUGUGCCCCACUUUGCUUCCAGACUGCCCCUACACAGCCACCCUUCAGAAGAGCAGCAUCAUUCUUUGUCCUGUUUCUACCCUCUUUCGUUAGUAUACUACGUACAUCAGAUCUGAUGUCAGAGGGAAAGAAAUAAAAGGUGCACUUCUUCCUGGUGAGUUUA